AUGCUCCUCCCACGCCGCAAACUCAAACGCCUACUAAUAACCAUGCUCCUCCCAUUCCUCCUAACCCUAACGCUCCUAACCCCCUUCUACCUAAUCUACAAACCGCCAUCGCUGCUUAUCCGCUACUUCCAACACCGCUGGCCCGACACCCUCUGGCACGUCCCUCUUCCCAGCAACCGAAAACUCAUCGCCCUGACAAUCGACGACGCGCCGUCGGUCCACACCCCCGAACUCCGCUCCGUGCUGGCGGACAACGCCGCAAAGGCGACGUUCUUCCUCAUCGGAUCGCAGAUUCCGGGCCGGGAGGGCGAAUUGCAUGAGCUUGUGCGGCAGGGGCAUGAGUUGGGGAAUCAUGCGAUGCGAGAUGAGCCGAGUCGGAGUCUUAGUGAUGAGGAGCUGAGGGAGCAGGUACGGGUCGUGCAGGAUCGGAUUCGCGCGGCGUAUUCGGCGGUUGGGGGGCGGGAGCCGAGGGAGAGGUGGUUUCGGCCUGGGAGUGGGUUUUUUAGUGAGCGCAUGAGGGGGUUGUUGGGGGAAUUGGGGUUUAGGAUUGUCUUGGGGAGUGUGUAUCCGCAUGAUGCGCAGGUGAAGUGGUGGUGGGUGAAUGCGAGGCAUAUUUUGAGUAUGGUUCGGCCGGGGAGUAUUGUUAUUUGUCAUGAUCGGCGGGAGUGGACGGUGCCUAUGUUGAGGGUGGUUUUGCCGGAGUUGAGGAGGAGAGGGUAUGAGAUUGUGACGGUUUCUGAGUUAGUUAGGGCUGGCGUGGAGGCUGGGACGAUUUCUGGGACGUGA